GAGGAGCUGGCUCUGAGGCUCUCUCUGCUUCAACAGACAGGGGCGACUCUGGGCUGGAUAAUCGUCAAAUUCUUACCUCGCCCUUUCACUGCGGGCAGGAUCAGAUUGCAUUUCUUUCAUUACUCUUCACUUCCCAGUUUCUUGAUCUGUUUAAAAGAAGCAGCAGAAAAGAUAAAUCCUCUCUUCAGUGCCUGGAGGGGAAAACAAAAUAACCUCAACUCCGCUUUGAAAAAAAUCUUUCCAAGAACUUUCUUCAGAGAUUUUACUCUUACCUGCUCUGGCAUCUGCAUUCCUUUGUAUGGAUCCACAUUUCCAUCUGGUGCCAUUUUCCUUCUUCAGAGAUGAUUUAUACGAUGAAGAAAGAACAGAUUUUUUGGGCUUCUAUAUGUCUGCUGCUUAGUUGUGCCUCUGCCCCUCUUAAUGCUGUUCCUGAGGAAGGUGAAGAACAUACAAACAUUACAGAUGCUGAGUUACCACCACUGAAACUUGUACAUUCAUUUUGUGCAUUGAAGGCGGACGAAGGCCCCUGCAGAGCAUUGAUCAAGAGGUUUUUUUUCAACAUUCACACUCAGCAGUGUGAAGAAUUUGUAUACGGGGGCUGUGAAGGAAAUCGGAAUCGAUUUGAAAGCCUGGAAGAGUGCAAAGAAACAUGUACAAGAGUUUAUCCAAAGAAGACUAGAAGGACCGAGUUGCGAAAAGAAAAGCCAGAUUUCUGCUUUUUGGAAGAAGAUGCUGGAAUCUGCCGAGGUUAUAUCACCAGGUAUUUCUAUAACAAUCAGUCAAAGCGGUGUGAACGUUUCAAGUAUGGGGGAUGCCUCGGCAAUCUAAACAACUUUGAAUCACUGGAAGAAUGCAAGAGCACCUGUGAGGAUACAUUGAAUGAUUUCCCGGUGGAUGAUUAUAGAACUCAGCUUAAUGCUGUAAAUAAUGACUCCUUGACUCCCCAGCCUACCAAGCUUCCCAACCUUUUGGAAUUUUAUGGCCCCUCCUGGUGUCUGACCCCAGCAGACAGAGGAUUGUGUCAAGCCAAUGAGAGCAGAUUCUACUACAAUUCAAUUAUUGGGAAAUGCCGCCCAUUUAAGUACAGUGGAUGUGGAGGGAACGAGAACAAUUUUACUUCCAAGAAGGCGUGUCUUAAGACUUGUAAAAAAGGUUUCAUCCAAAGAAUAUCGAAAGAAAGAUUAAUUAAAACCAAAAGAAAAAGAAAGAAGCAGCCAGUGAAAAUAGUAUAUGAAAAAAUUGUUGUUAAAAAGAUAUAAAUUUGUUAUAUUAUUACAAUAUUAAUUCUACUAAAUAUUUUAGAUGAAGCUUCUCACUAUGAUUUUUUUCUUUCCUAAAAUCCUUUUAAAAUUGCAUGAAUUUCCAGUCAUAUAUUACCUGCUAUUAAUAC